GGCAUAUUCCACUUUGCCUGCCACGGCCACACGCGCUUUCAAACAGCUGACAAUGUUAUAAUUGUGCAAUAAGCAAACGGCUUUAAAUAAAUAAAAUUAUCUAUAAAAACGAAAUCCAAAAUGAGUCGAUCACAAGUACGCAACAUCUUGGCAAUCGGCACUACAGCUAUAAGUGCUUUUUGUCUGGGCUCCUAUGCGGAACGCCACCUGACCAGUUACCACAGCACAGGUGGUCAAGAGAAACUUUCACGCUUACCCGGAUUACCCGUGUUCGGAACCGUCUCUGCUGCAGCAUUGAUUCCGGCCAAUGAGUUGAACCGUGCAGCGACGCCGUCACGCAUCUCACAGAUCAUGAAAUACGGUUUCCCUGGCCUGGACAACGUGCGCUCCCAGUCGGACUAUGUGUUAUCGUACGACAGACGGACUCGGGUGCCCCACUGGGUGUUCGAGCACCUCACCGCCCAGUCGGUGGAUAAGAAUUCGGACGUGGAUCGUGCAAAAUCCAAUUUUAAGCCCGACGAUAGCAUACAUCCCUAUUUUCGCGCCCAGAACACCGACUAUCUCCGCUCUGGCUACGAUCGUGGUCACAUGGCAGCGGCGGGCAACCAUCGACUGCAUCAGAAGCACUGCGACGACACCUUUCUGCUCUCAAACAUGGCUCCCCAGGUGGGCCAGGGCUUCAAUCGAGAUGCGUGGAACACGCUGGAGUUGCACGUGCGCAAACUGACACGAAUCUACGCCAAUGUCUACGUCUGCACGGGUCCCCUCUACCUGCCCCACAAGGAAGACGACGGCAAGACCUAUGUCAAGUACGAGGUAAUCGGUGCCAAUGCAGUGGCCGUGCCCACCCACUUCUACAAGGUGAUUGUGAGUGAGGCGGCGGCGGACAAUAAGCUGCAUAUGGAGGUAUACGUGAUGCCCAACAGGGUCAUCAGCAACGACACCCCGCUGCAGGUGUUCCAAGUUCCCCCCGAGACGGUGGAGCGAGCGGCGGGUCUGCUCUUCUUCGACCAACUCAAUCGGAGUCAACUGGCAACCAUAAAUGGCAAAAAAGUUUAGUUUUAAAGUUAGCCGAGAGAUUUUCAAUUGAGCCUUUCAUAACUUGAUCCCGAUCCUUGAUUGUUUUUAACAAAUAAAUUAUCAACAUGGCUUUACAUGGAA